AUGAUAGUCAAGGAAACAAGUCGUGAUCCAGUCCUACAAGAGGUGAUCCAGCACAUCAAUCAAGGUUGGCCGCAAACUGCAACCCAACCACAGGAUCCAGCCAUUCGUCAGUUUUUCACCAGACGAGAGAGCCUGCAGAUCGUUCAAGAUUGCAUAAUGUUUGGUGAUCGGGUCGUCAUUCCAGCACGUUUCCGUAAGCGCAUCAUUCGUCAAUUGCAUCGAGGACCUCCUGGAAUGAAUCGCAUGAAAGCGUUUGCUAGAAGCUUCGUUUACUGGCCAAACAUAGACGACGACAUAGAAACUUGUGUUCGACAUUGCAGUUCCUGUGCCGAAGCCGCCAAAUCCCCGAGAAAAACUGAUCUGGAGUCCUGGCCGAUUCCGUCGAAACCCUGGGAGCGCAUCCACAUCGUCUACGCUGGCCCCGUGAAUGGUUACUACUAUUUGGUUAUCGUCGACGCUUACUCAAAAUGGCCCGAAGUUUUCCGCACCCGCAGUUCAACAACGACAGCAGCACUGGAAAUUCUUGAAGAAACCUUCGCAAGGUAUGAAAAUCCACGAACCCUGGUGUCAGACAACGGUUCCCAGUUCAUCAGUUCAACAUUCAAACAGUUUUGUAAAGCAAUCGGAAUCUGUCACCUGACCAUAGCUCCGUAUCACCCGCAGUCGAAUGGACAGGCUAAAAGGUUUGUUGACACACUGACGAGGGGACUCAAGAAGCUUGUCAAGGGGGAAAACACGGCCACAUUCCAGCAUCUCCAGAUUUUCUUAUCUACGUACCGCUCAACCCCGAGUCGAAACUCGCCUGAAGGAAAGUCACCUGCUGACCUGUUCCUAGGAAGAUCGAUCCGUACAACACUAGAUCUUGUCAAGCCACAGAUUCCAAGCCCAACUGAAGUAAACACGAAACAAAACACUCAGUUCAACAGACGCCACAACAGCAUCAAACGGGAGUUCGAAGCAAAUGAUCUGGUCUACGCAGAGGUACACCAACGCAAUGCAACCAAGUGGAUUCCUGGAACGAUUGUGGAGCGCAAAGGCCGACUAAAGGAACUUCAUGGCGAUUGCGAAAGUUCUCCAAUAUUACCAAACAUGCCGCUCUUUAUGCUGUUGGAUGAAUUCAACCUCCAACCAAUGAGGCCCGCUGUUUCUGAUAUUCCAGAUGAACCAGCUGCCCCUGUAGUUGAAGAAGCUAUUCUAAUCAUACCUGAAGGUGAAUCAGAUGACGAUUUCCAGGAUGCAGAGUCCAGCCAGACCGUUCAGUUCGAAAUCGUAGGGUCACGAAUUGGCUGA